GAUGGCAUAGUGCUCGGAGCAGAUACGAGAGCAACUGAAGGAAUGGUUGUUGCUGACAAGAACUGUUCAAAAAUACACUUCAUUUCUCCUAAUAUCUACUGUUGCGGUGCUGGAACAGCUGCAGAUACUGAUAUGACAACUCAACUGAUUUCUUCCAAUCUGGAGCUCCAUUCGCUAUCUACUGGACGACUUCCAAGAGUUGUCACAGCUAAUCGAAUGCUAAAGCAAAUGCUUUUCAGGUAUCAAGGUUACAUUGGUGCUGCCCUGGUUUUAGGGGGAGUAGAUGUCACGGGACCCCACCUUUACAGCAUAUAUCCCCAUGGAUCAACUGACAAAUUGCCUUAUGUUACCAUGGGUUCUGGAUCAUUAGCAGCUAUGGCAGUAUUCGAAGAUAAAUACAAACCGGACAUGGAGGAAGAGGAAGCCAAACAGCUUGUGCGAGAUGCCAUUGCAGCUGGCAUAUACAACGAUCUGGGCUCCGGCAGUAACAUAGAUAUCUGUGUUAUAAGCAAGAACAAGCUUGAUUUUCUCCGUCCGUAUGAUGUGGCCAACAGAAAGGGGGACAGGUAUGGCAGAUACAAGUGUGAAAAAGGAACUACUGCUGUUCUCACAGAAAAUGUAGCACUCCUGGAGAUUGAGGUGGUAGAUGAGACUGUGCAAACCAUGGACACGUCCUGAACCAUCUGUGUCAUAGGAGACCAGCACUAGUUGUGC